ACAAGCUGUAAAUAUGGGUGUUCAUCUUUUGUUUAUAAAUACAAUCUUUUAAUUUUUGUCUCGCUAACCGCUCGCUAUGAUUGGUCCGUGUGACAUUUUUCGCGUGUUUUGUUGAAGGGCUUUCGAGUAGCGCUCUUGAUAGUCUCCGACCUCUGAGAGAUUGACAUGUAAUAAGGGCACUAAACGAAGUGAACUCAAAGCUUGAUAAAUUUUGCCAGGGAGAUUUGCGACGCUGUCCCAUGUUUUCCAUCCAGUGUGGGCUUGUUGCUGGAAGGUAAGAACUCAUAAUGUCUUAUAAGAUCUGCUUCUGACAGCAUUUCAGUGUGAAUAGCGAAGUAAUAUCGCGUAUCACAUCCUCGGACCAGGCUGCAGAACACAAAUUUUGUGAUCGAUCGUCACGCGAAAACUGGUGCACACAUGUUUGUUGGUUAGGCAUGUUUAGCUAUGCCAUUGGACGCAGAAAUAGGUUAAGUCCUUGGAAAUUUAAACCUGCGUCGAAAGCAACGGUGAAACAUUUGGUGGAAGUUAAUUUCUAUGCCAUUUACGAAUGGGACAGUUCCAUUAGUGGUCGGUCACACAAACAGGUCGGUUGAUAGUAGUUAUGUCAUUUCUAGUCUAAACAAGCAUACAAAAACAGCCUUCUGUGGAGAGGAGCUUUUACGAUUGUUGAAAGACUUGGAAUUUAAAAUCAUCAUAGAGAAUCAGUGUCUAUAAAUAUCGACCGCUGAGUGUGUUGAAAGUAAGAAAGCCAAAUCAUAGCACAUUGCCCUUGAAAAUGGUCAGAUGAUUGAAUUUAUGGCUUUUAAUUCGCUUUUACUAACACAUUAAGAGCCUUAAACUACGCUUUUAAGUCUUCAUACUGUCUUCAUACUCUGGUGUUAAGAGGUAGUCUUUCGAAUAUAUUUUUAUUAAGCGCAUUUAGUCAAAACAUAUCGCUUAACAGCCCAAUCUUCUUAGCUUUUUUAACACGCGCGCUCGAUUAGUUUCGAUGAACUAUUUUUCCGGCAUACGGUUGAUGGUCGUUGAUCCGGUACAUAUUAUAAUAACAUAUCGUCGUGCUUUGCACACUGGUAAACAACUGUUUAUGGGAAGAAGAAAAAAACAAACUAUCAAACUGUUUUGGCACUUUCUGAUAAAGGAAUUUCUUUUAGGAGAAAAAAAAAAGGUCGCGAGCAAAGAAAUCAGCCGGCUCGGCCGACCUCAGCUGACAUUGAAUGUCAAGUUAUGUCUGUUUCUUCAAGUUCACUCUGCUAGAAUCGCAAGAAAUGCAGAGAAACGGCCAAGGAAGCGAGAGUUUCUAUGUUAUAUGCAUUUGUAUUGCAAUUUUCGUCGAUAGCUGAUUUAUCUGAGUUAUAUUUCGCACACUGCACCGUGCACAGUCAAGCAAACUUCAUCGGACACACACAUCAUGGGUCACACUUGACAAAUUCUUGGCUUGUCUUUUAAUAAGUUUAUCGCGGACCAUCGCCGGAACCUAACACUGAACUAAGUCUAGUUUCCGCCACUAAUUGUUUUCACUAAACACUCUGGAGAUUCAAGGCUGAAGGAGCGAUCGGCACAACACUAAUGAAAUAAAACAGUGAAAUGUGUACUGCAAAAAUUACUGUAUACACUAAAAAAAUUGAGCACGAUUGAGAUAAAAGGCCCCAUGGUCACGCACUUUUGAAGACGAGGGGAAGAAUUUUGCGCAUUUUGACUGCAUCUGUUAAAUAUAAUGCGAUGAAACAAUUUCGCUACGAGUGAUUGGCGAAAAGUUUUGAAAACAAUCUAUUCCUGGGAAAAUUAUCGCGUGAUUUCACGUUGAAGAAUAUCCUAUGAGGCCAAAACCGCGCGGAAAAUAGCACUUAGAUCAAUCAACACAAGAACGGUGGAAGACACAUGUUGCACGAACAGUGCAUCGAGUCUGUGGUAAUACCUGUUCUCAGUCCUACGCGGCUUAAAACUAGCACGAUUGUUGAGGUAAAGUUUCCAGUUUCCUAGAAGCACGUUGUCUACUUGAAUGCCACAAAAAAGUCUCCUUUCUGAAUUCGAAGCUCAAAGACAGAGAACAACACAUUGAGAACCUUACAACCCCUCCAUUGAUGCUUUCAAACGAUUACACUGAGGCAAACAUAAGAGUCUAGAUAAACAUAAAGGGUCAAUCUACUGUAACUCUCCGUGAUACCAAAUCUUCAUCUGUUCCGUACCAAGUCUCGUUAAUAAUAAUAUAAAGAUCACUUUUGGCGGGAAGGGAUUAUCGAAGCAGGUGCACAUAAUGUGUCAUGAUUGUUUGAGUAAUGUCUGGUAGAGGAGAGCGUUGUUAAGAAACAGUCUUUCAUUUCUCCUAAUGCACGUCAAAAGAGUCACCAGGUUCGUGCUGAGCGGUAAAAACUUGUCACAUCUCUAUAGUAUUUAUCUGAUGACUGACCGACCCAGCGUGCAUUUGACAGUUAUUUAUUAUUAUUCCCCGAAUUUCAAGAAUUCAAUCGAGUCGCGCAAUGUUUCGUUUGUUUGAAGCUGUCUUAGAAAUUUUCACAUAAUCUUUUUAUUACUUAGUUAGUUGUACUGUUAUGCUGGCAGAAAAGAUGCAACGAAACUUUAAAUGGAGCUGUUUAAUUCCAUUGCUAAUCAUUCAAUUAAUUAGCGUAUUUCAGGGCUGUUGAAUUGUGGUAGAAAAUCAAUUGGAAAGGCCAAAUAAACUGGCGAAAGACCAAGUAAUUAAACAAAGGAACAAAUUCCUGGCCUUUUCUCAAUUUUUUUUUUGUUUUCCUAAACUCGCCCCGUUACGUUUCUUCUUCGUUCUCGUCCACGAUUUCAAUGCCUGCAACAGCUCUGCGUUUAAUUUUUCCUUUGUUCAAUUAAAACAUGAAAAGGCACCGAGGCUCCAGGCAGGCAGAUACGGUCUUUCUAGAAACAGCUAAACACUCGCCACGCCUUCAAGUUGAUCCGUCUAUUAUGGAGCUAUUUAAUAUCCAUUCUGACAUCUCCAUUGUUUUCAUGAACUCAAGUUAUUUUUCGGUCAAAAAGGGAUGAAAACUUGAACAGUUGAACUGUGGGCAGUAUUGCUAGUUAUCAGCACGUAAGAUCAACCUGAAAAACUUUAAUUACGGGCAUGUUAUACGCUGGAAAUCAAUUUUUACACCACACUUAUUCGUAUAAACUCUUUCAAAAGACCAUAACACACAAAAGCUCCUCUUUUGUGUGUUAUAUACUUACGUUAGUUUCCAUAGUGUAAAGAACAAAGAAACAGCAGUGCCUCGUGUCAGCUCUCAGGACCACUGCUUUGUGCGGCGAGUAAAUAUUUGGAAGUAUUCUGUUCCAUAUGACUCACUGUUACCGAACUUGUCUCUCAGACAGACCUCACCAAUACGAGAACCACAAUGAAGAUUUAUGCAAAUUAAAGGGAAUAAGGUCAUCCUAGAAAACCAUGGCUUUCAAAUCAUUUUUAUGCUGAACCAGCUCGCAUCUGUGAUUCCACUUCGUUGUUUUCCACCUACCCUACUCAAUUAACGUAUAUAUUUUUGUUUUGAUAUAAUCCUAUGCAUUUGUGGUCACAAAGAGUCUCGACAGUUUUUUUUGUGUCGUGACACAGUAAGAUAGCAAUAAAUUCAGCGGGCGCCAGAAUAUAACUUCAUACGUUGAGCGAUGGUUGGUCGUCUGCUGUCCUGAUCUCGAAGAGUUUUCACCCUGGUUUGAAUUCCGCGCAAGUAAGCUCAAGAAAACAGGAAACGUAAUCAUAAGAGGCCAAUUUCCUCGUUUAAUUUUUAAAAAUGAACGAGCAGCUGCCCACAGGUCUUGUUUUAAAGCAAGAUGUACUUAUGAUAAUUGCUUUUAUUAUGUUUGUUUGGGGUUAAAUGCAAAUGCUCUCGAGCCAAGUGUGAUUGCCCGCCACUAGCUGACAAUUCACUUGGGUGUUACGAAAUCUGCUAUUCACAGGGAACAGAAUCGUUCUCUUGUCAUACUACGGUGUAAAUAGAUUGAACGCUGUCUAUAUUAUGACAUUAUCUUCAACGUGCAUCCGUUCAGAUCUGCUUUAUAAUUCAAGGAUCAAUCCAAGAAGUCCAUGAUCUUCGACUUGACGUAAUCUUUUCUCGACAAGAACAGACCCAUCUGGCCUUAACAGCGGACAAGAAAACAUGGACAAGAUUUCUGUAAGUGCAUUUUUUAUUACGCUUUGGCUUUGCAACACACUGCGGGCUGACAUCGUUUCCGCAGGAGAAUCCCUCAAAAAACCCGGGGACGCGAUUAUCGGUGGUCUCGUUUCCGUACAUCAAAAAGAAAGCGGAGAUUCAUGCGUUACACCAGACUUACAUGGCAUCUUGACUGUCGAAGCCAUUUUGUUUGCACUGAAGGCCAUCAAUGACCAAGAAUAUCUGACACUGGGAUCAAAGCUAGGCUGCGACAUAAGAGACACUUGUCCGAGACCGGUUUCGGCUGCUCUUGAUCUGGUGGUGAAUUCUCCGCGACCAGAAGACCAGCCCCUGGUUGCAGCAGUAGGCAAUCUACCACAGCAGCUUCCCGAGUAUCGCCGCGCCUUGCUUAUGUUGUUCAGCAGUCAAACGCCUCACAUGAGCUGCAUCUCUUCCACUUACCAAGUCAAGUACAAGCCGGACUUGAUCUCUCGUACUGAGUUCAUUUUCCAUGCUGUCGCGAGGGAUAGAACUAACCUAAGAGCGAUGGUUCAUCUCGCCGCGCGAUUUAACUGGACUUACGUCGGUGUCGUGCACGACGACAGCGCCGAGGGAAAGUACGAGGCGGACCUUUUCCAACAAGAGGCUGAGGACAAAUUUAUCUGCGUCGGCAGGAAAUACUCGUUGUCAUCAAACGCCAGUGGAGUGCAAAUCCAAAACUUUAUCAGCUCUUUGAAGGCGGACAAGAAUUUUUCAGUGGUUGUAAUGUUGACAUCCAAGCGCUUAUUCAAGGGUAUUAUCGACGAAGCGUUCAAGCAGAAAAUUAGCGACGUUACCUGGAUUGGAAGUGAAUCGUCGUGGGACAAUGAGGCGAGAUUUCCAAUUGAAAACACUGCGGCUCAAGGAAUGUUCAAAGUUGGAACAUCGGCGUCUAUCGCCGAGUUUAAAACACAUUUGAAAGAACUUCUCACGCGUCCUAAACGUAACAAAUGGAUCAUGAACAUGGUGCGGGCCUCCACACCUGUUACUACUUCACCGGAUGCUAAAUCCACCGUCGAGAUUACAACAAGUCCACCGACCCAAGCACCAGUUGUCUCAAGUGCUCAACCGAACAGCUCUGCUAAUUCCACCGGAAACACCACUACGCCUCUUCCAUCUACACCUGCUCCGUCUCCUUCAACAGCAUCCGCCACCCCCUCUGUCGCACCCACUAAGGCUCUGUGUCCGCUGUGCGGUGUUAACAAAACUUUAUUGGCGCAGCUCGUGAACACGCUAACGUUAAUGGCAGACAGUGCCACGUGCACUAUCGAUUCUAUAUUUGCAGUGGCUCAUGCUCUAUCCGCUAAGGAAAAGUGCAAGACAAACUGUCCCGAAGAUCACGACUUUUUCAAGUUCAUCAAGAACGUAAAUUUUACAAGCCUCAGCGGACACCAAAUAAGUUUUAAUAGUCAGAGGAACCUCAAUGAUGUAGUGUACAAAGUUUUGACUCUGCAGAAAACUGGAAAUGGCUCAGCGGUGUCUGUCCAAGAGCAGAAGAACCUGCAGCUGUCUGACGUCGGAAGCUGGAAACAAUCGGGCCGAGACACUCCAAAGCUGACAAUGCGACCAUCAACGGAGAUUAAAUGGAACACAAAAGAAGACGAGAUUCCAAAAUCCGCAUGCCACGAUCCCUGCAAGCCUGGCACAUACAAGGCCUUGAAGGAGACACGAGGUGAGGCUGAAUGCUGCUGGCACUGCUUGCCUUGCGCGGAAAAUUCAGUCAGCGAAAUGGAAGACUCCUUGGCGUGCAAGCCAUGCCCAGCCGCCUCAGCUGCUAGUAAUGCGCAGGACGAAUGCAUCACUCAGUUUGAAGACUACGUGUAUUGGAGCGAUGCUGGUAGCCUUAUCAUGCUGUUCUUGAUGGUAGCAGGCGUGUGCUUCAGUGUCUACGUCGCAGUGGUGCUUUUCAGGAACAGAGAGACACCUGUCAUGCGUCGAGUCAAGAAUGCCACACUCCUACUCCUGCCUUUCGUUGUUAUCCUCUUUCUGAUAUCCAUACCCCUGCUUAGCAAGCCUAACGAAGCAUCCUGUGAAGGCUAUCGAGCUUUCUUCAUCCUAACUCUUGGUAUACCCCUGGCUGCCUUGAUAAGUAAGAGUGUAUUCGUCGACAACCGAUACUACGACUCCGACGGUCAAAUCAAGGAGAGCUGGGGCCAGUGCAUUUGCACACCUCGCUUAGCAUUUGCCAUAGGAACCUUCACCAUCCACGUGGUUGUAACAGUCCUUAUAGCGGUCUUGCUUCCAAACGAGAUUUUGCGCUAUUCUACGGACGACCCAUUCACCGUUUACAUCGAGUGUUCCAUUCACACGGGCUUCGGUUUCUUGGUCGUCAUAUUCUACAACAUGGCCGUGACAACUGUGUAUUCCAUCAUGUCCAUGAACGAAGAAAUCAGCCCGGAGAAUGACAUGGAAGUGCGGUGGACUUCCUUUUGUAUGUUCAUCUGGUACGUGAUCUCUUUCCUUUAUGUAGCGAUAGAAUACGGCGCGGUCGGCAAGGGGAAGAUCUUUGGCUUGGCAUUUGUGGAUUUCCUGUUCGCCGUCAACAUCCUAGCCUGUAUCUACCUGCCUAAGUGGUACGUUAUCAUCUUUCAACCGGAGAAGAACCAAGCCGACGUCUCGCCCUGGAGCAUGUACGUCAAGACCCAGGAGAAAGUGUCGGUGCGCCUGUCAGAAGGGGAACAGGAGUCGCCUGUCUUACCAAAACGAGGCACGCUAGCCAGCAUGGCCAAGGAGUCUGGUAAAAUGUCAAACGGAGACUCGGACAUGGACGGUAAAAGCGAGUCAACAGGCCUCAUCAAUGACACGGACGUGUAAAGACUGGGCACCAUACUAAGAUUUUCAAUCUUCGCCGCUUUGCGGUAAGAAUUCAAAUUAUUAUUAGCCCAAAUAGAACUUUUUAAAAAAAAAGAUGCUGCUUGAAUUUCCCACUUGGGAUUUUGAAAACGGACUGACGAUGUGUCUGAUAUAUAACCGCAAUGUAUAACUGUUACUUUUACGUUAAAGGAGCUACGUGACGGUUCGCGUAUCUUGAAAAGUUUAGCCUAAAUUUUUCAAGUUCGUCAAAUGUAAUCCGCGUUAAUCUUGUCCAUCCUUAACUAUCCUUGCUCCUAGGUGUUUUGCAGUCUUAGUAAAUUACUAUUUUCAGGCUUCCUUUAAUUUAAAGGUAAUUUUGUAAGUGGCCAAAAUAUCUAAAAAUACCGUGACUGGGCUCCUUUAAUGUUAGCAUGGUUGCAGGUCAAUUUUCCCGACCCCGCAAUUCGGAGAGAAGUGAUGUUUAUCACAUUCAUCGUAGAAACGGAAUUAUAGAUAGACAAGAAAAAGCGUUUUGUUCGGACCAAUUUUAGAUGUCUGGGCUAAUAACGGAAUUCUCGCACUGUUGUUUCAGUCGAAAGCUGAUUAGAUUUUUUCGAGGGAUUUAAUUUAUUAAGAUUUAUUGGCGAACUGUGAAACGUAAUAGUCGUGCAUACUCCGUUUUUUCUCUGCCUAGUUUCCCGCCGAAUUUAAAAAAAAUAAUGGCGCGGCUUCUGACAUCACUUCUUUGGGACUUUUUUACAGUGUACAGUAUGAUAAAAAAAGUACUUUAGAUUCUUUCUUCUAAGCGACAUGCCGCCUUUUUAUAGUGGCAUCUGUCAGAAGUCAGGUGUUCCACUUUGCUUAAUCAUAGGCAACGUUUCUUUGGUAGAGAUUCGUCCAGGAAAAUAUUAAGGAUGAAUUAUACUCUAAGGGGGAUAAAUCUAGCGAUUCAAAGGAAAAAUUCAAAAAGAGAAAGCUGGUAGUCUAAUAAUUAUGGCUGAAGAUGCUUAACCAGGAGCAUGUAUCUCGGAUUGAGGCGCGUUAAAUCGUGUAUAGCUUAAUAGUUUAUUUUUAGAACGAAAUUUUGGGCAGAGCAAUUCAUUCUUACUUGAUUUAUUGUACUGACAAUUCUGAAGGUUUUGUUAUCAGUGCAAUAGUCGGAAGUGCAUACUUUUGGUAGUUGACUACAGCUCUUACUUUUUAGGGUAAACUUAUGUUAAGCUUUCUACGUUUUGUCAAAAUACCGCGGAUUCACUGAGAUAAACCUACAAUAUCUAAACAAUAGCCUCCAUAUGGCGCGAAAAUAUGCUCGGAUAUUUGUCCGCAGAAUUAUCAUCUGUUGUGAGCU